CGGGCGAGUGCUGGUGGCGUCGGCGGCGGCUCAGUCCCGGCCCGCGCCCGCGGCGCGCCAGCUGCGGCCCCAGCGGCCUGGCUGUGGGAUCUGUGCGCAGCGAUGGCGCGGCCGCCCCGGCAGCACCCGGGGGUCUGGGCGCCGCUGCUCCUGCUGCUACUGACUGGGCCCGCCGCCUGCGCAGCCAGCCCCGCGGACGACGGUGCGGGCCCGGGGGGCCGGGGACCCCGGGGCCGCGCGCGGGGGGACACAGGCGCCGACGAGGCGGUGCCGCGCCAUGACUCCUCCUACGGCACCUUCGCGGGGGAGUUCUACGACCUGCGCUACCUGUCGGAGGAGGGUUACCCCUUCCCUACUGCUCCUCCUGUGGAUCCAUUUGCCAAAAUCAAAGUGGACGACUGUGGAAAAACUAAGGGAUGCUUUAGAUAUGGCAAACCAGGCUGUAAUGCAGAGACCUGUGACUAUUUCCUCAGCUACCGGAUGAUAGGGGCUGAUGUAGAAUUUGAGCUGAGUGCAGACACAGAUGGUUGGGUAGCAGUUGGAUUCUCUUCAGACAAGAAAAUGGGUGGUGAUGAUGUCAUGGCCUGCGUCCAUGAUGACAAUGGCAGGGUCCGCAUACAGCACUUCUACAAUGUAGGCCAGUGGGCAAAGGAGAUUCAGAGAAACCCUGCCAGAGAUGAAGAAGGAGUUUUUGAGAAUAAUCGCGUCACCUGCAGAUUUAAACGCCCUGUGAAUGUUCCCAGAGAUGAAACAAUUGUUGAUCUGCAUUUGAGUUGGUAUUAUCUGUUUGCUUGGGGUCCAGCCAUUCAGGGCUCUAUCACUCGACAUGAUAUAGACUCACCGCCGGCUUCAGAGCGUGUUGUCAGUAUUUACAAGUAUGAAGACAUUUUUAUGCCAUCAGCUGCCUAUCAAACCUUCUCAUCUCCAUUUUGUUUGCUUCUGAUUGUUGCUCUGACCUUCUACCUAUUGAUGGGAACCCCCUAACCACAGCUGCAGGCCCAACAGAUUACAUGGAUUUGGAAGUCUUUAGUAUAAAUAUAUUUUUUAAAGAAUAUCCAGUAUAAUUUUAGCUUCAAUUAUUUAAGAAAAAAAACCUCAUAUAAUUUCAGCUUUUUGGAAGAAAGAACAAGCUUCUUUUGUAGUCAAAGAAGAUUGUUUAAUAAUGACCCUAUACUUUUGGAAUGUACUUACACCUUUUCUAAGCACUUUCAAAUAUGUUUUCUUAUUUAACUUCACAAUAUCUCUGAGUUGGAUUGAUGAAAAUUAUGAUUGCCAUCUUCCUGAAUGGGAUUUGAGACCCAAAAAGACUGCCUUUUUAUGAUCCACAUACCAUAUAAAUUUGGCUAGAAAUGACAAAUAGAAAGGCAGAGAAAGAACUAGGUAUAGAAAUCAUGUCUCAAAACAGUCUUUACUAUGAGUGCUAUAGCACAGAGGGUUAUUUUGAAUAUUACUAGGGAGAACUUUACUGAAUGUCAUAAGUUCACAGUCAGCCUUUUGGGUGGCUCACGCCUGUAAUCCCAGCACUUUGGGAGGCCAAGGCGGGCGGAUCUUGAGGUCAGGAGAUCGAGACCAUCCUGGCUAACACAGUGAAACCCCGUCUCUACUAAAAAUACAAAAAAAUUAGCCGGGCGUGGUGGCGGGUGCCUGUAGUCCCAGCUAUUCGGGAGGCUGAGGCAGGAGAAUGGCGUGAACCCAGGAGGCGGAGCUUGCAGUGAGCAGACAUCAAGCCACUGCACUCCAGCCUGGGCGACAGAGCCAGACUCCGUCUCCAAAAAAAAAAAAAAAACUUUCAAAUUUCUGUAAAGCAAAAGUGCUUUUGGAUAUUUACACAGCCAGUGGGGAGAUUGGAGGAAAAUACAAUGAUAUGAAAAUAGUUCAUAUUUAUUUGAAAUUUUGGCCAAGUGUGGUGGCUCACGCCUGUGAUCCCAGCAUUUAGGACGCCAAGACGGGCAGAUCACCUGAGGUCAGGUGUUGGAGACCAGCCUGGCCAAUAUGGUGAAACCCCGUCUCUAUUAAAAAGUAUAAAAAUGAGCCAAGUGUGGUGGUGCACACCUGUAAUCCCAGCUAUCCGGGAGGCUGAGGCAGGAGAAUUGCUGGAACCCAGGAGGUGGAGGUUGCAGUGAGCCGAGAUUGUGCCACUGCACUCCAGCCUAGGUGACAGAGCCAGACUCUGUCUCAAAAAUAACUAACUAAAUAAAUAAAUAAUAUUUAUUUGAAAUUUCUUUUCAGUUAUAGAGUAGCUAUGGGAAAACAUUUUUACUGCUAUUUGGAAAGGUUAGAGACCAAACUGUGAGCAUUCCUGAAGAUGUAAAGUUGUGUUAAUGAUAUUAAAAAAAAAAAAAAAAAGGAAUUCUUAGCAGUUAGAAUUUGAACUUUUCUACCACUGAAUUUUAUAAAACUAAGGCAUUCAUCUGUGGUUACAGUGAAUUCUCUUGUCAGAGCCAGCAUACAUUAAGUAUGAUUAAAAAUGUAUUUUUUUUUUUGAGAUGAAUUUUCCCUCUUGUCGCCCAGGCUGGAGUACAAUGGCGUGAUCUCAGCUUCACUGCAACGUCCGCCUCCCAGGUUCAAGUGGUUCUCCUGCCUCAGCCUCCUGAGUAGCUGGGAUUACAGGCAUGUGCCACUAUGCCUGGCUAAUUUUUUUUGUAUUUUUAGUAGAGAUGGAGUUUCACCAUUUUAGUCAGCUGGUCUCGAACUCCUGACCUCAGGUAAUCCACCUGCCUUGGCCUCCCAAAGUGCUAGGAUUACAGGUGUGAGCCACCGUGCCUGGCCUAAAAAUAUAUCAGACAAAACAUCUUAGUAAAAAUUUAGGGCAUUUUAAUAAUAAGGCAACAGUUUCUGAGACUGUAGAGAUUUUGAGUAGAAUUUUUUUUAUGAGGUGGCUUUUUUUAAAAAAAUUGAAAAUGGGAAAAUGACCCAUAAAGUGAAUUCACCUAGAAUAUCCAUAUAAAAUGUUCAGACUUGUGGCUGAGCACGGUGGCUCACACCUGUAAUCCCAGCACUUUGGGAGGCCGAGGCAGGCGGAUCACCUGAGGUCGGGAGUUCUAGACCAGCCUGGCCAACAUGGCAAAACCUUGUCUCUACUAAAAAUUCAAAAAUUAGCCGGGUGUGGUGGCGCAUGCCUGUAAUCCCAGCUACUUGGGAGGCUGAGGCACGAGAAUCACUUGAACCUGGGAGACAGAGCUUGCAGGGAGCCAAGAUUGUGCCACUUGCACUCCAGCCUGGAUGACAGAGGGAGACCCUGUCUCAAAAAAAUAAGUAAAAUAAAAUGUUCAGGCUUAUAAACUGGACAGGUAGUCAGCAUAAUUCAUAAUAAUGCCUUGACAUUAGGAGCCCCAAAGGACUCCUUUGUUCUUUGUUCCAAAUGUCUGUGCUAACAGCUCAUUUUGAGGAGAGAAGUCUGCAGGUAUAGUUAGUGCUGCUGAGACAUUUCCACUGUGGCAUUCUAGAGUUCUCCGGGUUGCCCUUGUUGCUUUAAAGCUGAUUCCAACUUCAUGGGCUUUAUGAUUGAACAACACUGGUGAUUGUGAUUUCUAAUACCACCCUCCAGAUUCAUGUCACAGGUGAAAGUCUGCCUGUGGGGAGAGCUUUCAUAUUCUCCUGGAGUUGAACCAAAAUAAGGAAAACAUCAACAAACACAGUUACCAAAAGCUUCCGAGGAGGGAUGGAGGAGAAAUGCUGUUCAUUGCAGAUGGGGAGAAAUUAAAUGACAUCAAGUGCAUAAUGGAACUGGGUAGGAUUCAGACUCAUGUUCCCUGGUUCAAGUCCUUGACUCCACUCUGGGCAUGGCUAAGUCUGGCCUGUGUCUCAUCUUCUCAGCUCUAGUGGCUGUUUAGUAGUGAAGAUACUGAUAUGCAGGCAGCCAUGUUGUAAAUAAGAAGCAAAUAUUUUUAUAUUUCUCUCUCUUAUGUGUAUAAUAUUUGAGCUAUAAACAGGUUAAAACAAAAGAGAGACUUCAGCUUAGUAGCAGGCAGGGAAGGAAGAAGUGAAUGCAGCUUCCUUCCGCUUACAUUUCUAAUCAAGCUAAUUAUUUCACUAGUGAUUUCUCAUUUGAUUACCGAUUUUGCUUAUUUAUGCUUAGAACUUUCAAUGACUUCUCAGUGCCAUUAAGGUAAAAUGCAAGCCAUUUCUGUGACCUGCAAUAUCAUCUUUUGCCACUCCUCCUCACUUGCUAUGUCUUAGCAAGACUGAGAGGCUCUCAGUUCUUCAGACCUGCUCUAUCUCACCUCUCAUUUUGUUCAUAUUCUCCACCUCUUAUGCUUGGUGAACUUCUAUUCAACUAUCAGGUCACAACUUAAAUAUUUUUUCCUCCAAAUCUCUGGACUACAUAGGUCCAAGCCCCUAUCAAAUGCUCCCAUAGCACAUUGGGCUUCCUCAUCAACAUGCUCAUUAUACUUUUCUAGAAUUGCUGGCUUGUCCUCCUUAUUAUCUCCCUAAUGCAGAGACCAUUACUCAUCAUUGUAGCAGACAUUUAUCCAUAGCAGGUACUCAGCAAACAUUUGUGGAAUGAAUGUAUGUGUGAAACUGUACUUCUAUGGCAAGUUUGUUUGGUUCAGAGGGCUUACAUUUCAUGUAUAUUAGGAGACUGGCCAACAUUUUUAUAUUCUUCCUCCUGUGCUCAAACCAUAAAUAAUUAUGUUAGCAAACACUGAACUUUGUCUUUUGAAACAUAAAUGGAAACAUCCUUAGUAACAGUGCUAACAAUAAUCAUUUUUCAGAUAUAAGAAUUUACACCAGUGAUACAGAAUGGCCUUUGACCGUUAUCUCAGAGAACUACCAAUCGAUAGACAUGCUGAAGUGAUAACUCCAUAGACUUCAGUUUCAUUCAUCCCUACUUAAUAUAAGAGAAUCAACUUCUAUUUUAUGUCUAUAUUCCCAUUUUCUAAUAUACUACUUGUCACAGAAGAGAUGCCCAACCAGUGUUUUUCGUAAAGUACCUGAAUAGUUUAAUAAUAAUGCUAGUGAAAUAUUUAGUGCUGUUCUAAGCACUUUACAUGAAUUAACUCAUUUAAUCCUCACUGCAACCAUAGGAAGUAGAUUCUAUUAUUUAUCCAAUUUUACAGAUGAAAAAACUGAGGCUGGUCACUUGACAUAAAUUACCAGUGCUGGCCAGGACUUUAGAGACCAUUUAAUCCAAUGCUCUUAUUUUACAGAGGUGCAGCUGAAGCCUAAGGAGGUGAUAUGAUUUCCUACACAUUCAUGCACCUUCAUGCACAUUUUUAUUAAAUGGAACCCACUAUCCACACUCCAAUUAGCUAGGUGCCUUUCUUCCCCCAUUUAGUAAUUUACAAUUAAUCGGAGGACUUUUUAUAGUUAUAUUUAGAGGAAAGGAGCAUGUUUUACUCUAUAUCAACUUUCUUCUCUGCUUAAAAGCAUUUUGAUUCUUUAUUUUACCAGUCGUUUUAGUUCUUUCAAUAUGUUUAAUACACAGAUCAAACAAGACUUAAAUACAUUUUUAACAAUUUAACAAUUUAAAAGCUAAUUGCCUAAAACCUAGGUCUUCUAACUUGGAGCCCAGUGCUUUUUUAAUUGCUCCACUGAGUCAGAAGGUGAAUAUAUAAACAUGAUUUCAGAUAAAAUGCAGAAGCUGUAUUUAAUUAAGUUGGCUUUUGUCAUUAAAGAAAUCAGAAAGUUUGGACAACUCAGGAAUGAAUUUCCAUCCUAGAUGGUAUUUAUUUACUACUAUUUCUGGAAUUAAGUUUACUGUCUAUAUUCAGGAUUUUGCGCAUAAGAGACGUGACCACUGAGGUUGUGUGUCAUUCUUAGCUCUAGUCCAGGGGUCAGCAAACUUUCUCUGUUAAGGGUCAGAUAGUAAUUUUUUGGCUUUUCUGUCUCUGUUUGGCUCUGCUAUAAACAAUACAUAAAUGAAUGAGCAUGGCUAUGUUCCAAUAAAACUUAAUUGACACUGAACUUUGAAUUUCAAAUACUUUUCAAAUGUCACAAAUGUUUUCCUUUUGAUUUUUUUCGGAAAGCCAUUAAAAAAAUCCAAAGACCAUUCUUAGCUUGCAGGCUGCACAAAAACAGGAAGCAGGCUGGGUUUGCUUAUGGACUGUGGCUUUCCCACCCUUAUUCUUAGAUAGGGACACACCAAUAUAUCAUGAUUAGUUGUAAAGGAUACUGCCAGUAACAUAUUAUUACUGGUUAGUUGUAAGAAUAUCAAAGUUAGUGAAUAAUUUGUUUUUAAAAUAAAUUAUUGUUGAUUUAUAAAUGCACAGGGCAUUCUCAUGCUCUUGCAUUCUAAUAUAUUUUCUGGAAUUGAUGCAAAAGUGGUGGCAGUAAAUUACAGAGCUGGCUAAGCAGUAGUUUUGUCUUAAGUGUGGUGAUCAUGGACAACGAUUACUGCUGAACUGCUCUUCAUGGUAAGGAUUUCAGUGUUUCAGAGUAAUUCAUUAACCUAGAGAUGUUUUAAAAAGUUGUAUCGGCCGGGCGCGGUGGCUCAAGCCUGUAAUCCCAGCACUUUGGGAGGUGGAAGUGGGCAGAUCACGAGAUCAGGAGAUAGAGACCAUCCUGGCUAACACGGUGAAACCCCAUGUCUACUAAAAAUACAAAAAAAAUUAGCCGGGCGUGGUGGCAGGCGCCUGUAGUCCCAGCUACUCAGGAGGCUGAGGCAGGAGAAUGGCGUGAACCCAGGAGGCGGAGCUUGCAAUAAGCCGAGAUUGCGCCACUGCACUCCAGCCUGGGUAACAGAGCAAGACUCCGCCUAAAAAAUAAAUAAAUAAAAAAAAUAAAAAGUUGUAUCAAAAUCUGCUGCACCAUGGGAGUGUUUUACACAUGUGAUGUGGCAUCUACCUUAUGUACCAUAAUGGAAAAAUGUUUGAGAACCACUGCACUAGGCCAAAGGCUGGGAUGUGUGUACUUUGCUGUCGUGUAUAACUGUACAUCCUUGUUCUCUAAACAGAAUUGGUUAUGUCUAGUGAACAGUUAGGUGGUUCUCUGUGUGUUUAUAUACACAGAUGAUCCCCGAAUUUGGAUGGUUCAACUUAAGAGUUUUCAAACUUACGAUGAUAUGAAAGUGAUAUACAUUUGAUACACUCCUACAACUUACAAUGGGGUUAUGUCCCAUAAUUGUUUUGACUUAUGAUAUUUUCAACUUACGAUUGAUGGUUUUACUGAGACAUAACCCUCUUGUAACUUGAGGAGCAUCUGUAUAUUUGUACAUACAUGAUGGUGUGUGUUUAUACACAAAUGCCUGUAUAUACACACCAUGAGCAUUUGAAGGUCUUUGUCAAGGUUGUUUCUGUUUCUGAUCUCUUGCCUACUUUAAAACCCAAGAGAUAGAACAUUAUGUGUAUUACAGGCAAAACUAUGCUUGAGUUUAUAGCAAUGUAGUUUGUAGAAAGCAUUCCUGGAUCUUUUACUAAGCCUUGCCUCCUCCAUUCAACAUUAUAUGAAUUGUUAAGAACAUAUAAAGUACCACUGUUGAAUGUGACUUUUCUAUACUGUUAGUUAAGAAACCAAGACUAGUGUUAGCUGAGUAACUGGCAUGUUGAUGCAACCUAUACAGGUUUUGUAUUUAAUUAGGUUCCUUAUUCAGUUAUUCAAGUAUCCAGUUAUUUAGUUUCAAGUUAGAUUUCUUUGUUUUUAUAUUUAAUAAAAGACUUGCAUAUAAGUUCCUCUUCAUGAAAAUAGUGGCUAGGCUAGUGUGAUUUUAAGUAUCUCUGGCAACUCAAAGUGUAACGGAUUCAUCAAGCUAUUUGGGAUUUUUAACAUAAAAUACACUGCUGCUUGAUUAAUGUGUUCAGUUUUCCCCUGGAUAUUUGCUAUUAGACUGAUAGCCAUUCAGUUGGAUUCUUCUGGAGAGUAAUUGAUUCUCUAAGGUAAUGGGGUGCUGCAGUGGGUGUAGCAUUCACCCAGGUCACUAGAAUCCUACCUGUUUCAUCACAUAGAAGGCCCUGGCCAUGGGGAAGAGUGAAUGCAGCUUCUCCGGAUGCCUUAUUCCCACAGACAUGCUGAUAUGCUGGAACAAUCUGGCUCCAGGAGUAUUAAUAUACUUUUUUGAGACUGUCUACAAAAUAUUAUUUUGUAAAAACUAUGCCUUUACAUAGACAUUGAUAGGUUAUAUUUGUUUUAUAACAAUUGUGUACCUAAUGUUCGAUUGUGAUUAAUUUUGAGAUUUAUGUAUAUUUAUAAGCCUAUCUUAUGUAAAUUUUUACUCUAAGAUGUGUGGCACAUUACUAAUAAAAGACAUGGAUUUCUAUUUAUGUAAAGUAAUUGUAGCAAUAUUCCUAGAUGCUACCUAAAUGAUUGUUCUGUCCAUUUGCCAUCACAAAUACUUUUAUCUUUGGAUGAUUAUGUUAGUCAGAAUAUAUCAAUUAGAUUUAAACUUUAAAAUAAGAAUUACAACAUAGUUUGAAAUUCUUCCUGUUGAUGUAAUUAAAGUUAGUUUAUAAUUCCGUA